CUUCUUCCAUCUCAGCCCGAUAUUACCGAAAUCAGGCCUGUACUGUCAGGUGAUAAUUACAUACAAGAUUUGGGAAAGAGUGGUGCAAAAAGAUGGUUAAUGCAAAAAUCAGUACACAUGUUUUAUGAUAUUCGCAAGUUUUCAGUCUACACCAAAACACUACAGAUACGUACUAUAAUCCUGUUUCGCAAUGUACUCUUCCACAGUCGUAUACUUGACAUCAACGCCGUAUUUUUCCUUGACUUCCCAAGGAUAAAUCACACUCGGAUCCCCUCCGUCGAGUCCAAAUUUAUCAAAGUACAUCUCUGCAUACUCUUUCCAGCUAACCUUGGAGCCGGCGCCGACAAGGUUAACCUUGGGAGGUAGAUCCAGGAGAGCCUUGACAAAGUUUCCUGCAGUGUGUCAGGAGUCAACGAUAUAUCU